CUUUGAAAUAUAUUGUUUCGUUUGUCACAUGGUCACAUGUUUUAUUUCCUUGUUUUCACAAGCAGAAAAAGUGUUUAUUUUAGAAAAUUUGUAAAUUGUUAUCAUUGUUUGACAAGUAAAAAUAUGAGGAACAUAGAGAUUAAGGCUAAAGUUGGAAAUCCAGAAGAAUUUUUAGUCAAAGUAAAGGAAAUCAGUGAUUCUAAAGAAACUGUAAUUCCACAGAGAGAUGUAUUUUUCAAUUUACCUAAAGACAAGCCAGGCAGAUUAAAACUGCGUAAUUAUCAAGAUGGAACGGGAGAACUUAUUUUUUACGAUCGUCCAGACAUUAAAGGACCAAAACUUUCUAGUUUUGAGAAAACAUUUUUAACAUCUGAUGCUUGCAAAGGUAUCGAAGGAAUUCUUACAACUGCAUACGGAACUUUGGGAAUUGUCGAAAAAACGAGACUUUUGUACAUGGUGGGCCAAACUAGAAUUCACGUUGAUCAAGUCAAAGGCUUGGGAUCAUUUAUGGAACUCGAGGUGGUUUUGGCUGAUGACGAGAGUAUCGAACACGGAGAAAAAAUUAGCAACGAUUUAAUGGAUAAAUUGGGAAUUACUAAGGAUUGUUUAAUUUCGGGAGCUUAUAUGGAUUUGCUCUUAAAAGAAAAAUCCAUUUAACAGGUUUCAAAAUAAUUUCUUCACAUUAAACGUUUUUUUAAAAAAAUAGUCAUCUGGACCAAUUUAUAUUCGAUAUUACGUUCGCUAAUAAAUAAGAAAACAUUUUUCUAGUUUUUAAAAAAAAAAUAUCUAUUAAUUAAAUACUAUUCCACUUGACUACAGUUUUAAUUUAUAUUAUUUAAGUAUACCUAUUAUACUAUUUGAAAAAGUAUCAUACCAAACUUUCGUAUUAUAUUUUUAUGGUUUUAACUUUUAAAACUUAAUGUAAGGGUUUUUAGGUCAUUGAAUUUAAAUCUGAUCACAGACCAAAAAUAAUGUUGGACAUAAUUUUGGAUCCACCAUUCUGAAUUUUCAAAUCUUGAGGUCAGAUUUAAAUUUAACAUUCCCAUAUAAUAAUUUCAAUAAAAAUUUGUUAAACAGA